UUGCCUGGAGCUCUUGGACCACCCCAGACGCAGAGCUGCGGAAAUAAGAGCCGCUGCUGGUGCUGGAGGCAUCAGAGGCAGGCAUUACCAGAUCGUGUCACUUCUGCAGUGCCAUCGCCUACCGCCAAGGCUACUGUCACUGCUCCCUCCUCUGCUCCAAGCCGCCCAGUCCCUGUUGCCAGAGAGACGUCAUGGGGUUCUGGAAGUUUCUGCCCUUCCUGGUCCUCAGCUUCCUGGCCGUGUACCAAGCAGGCAUGCUCCAGGCAGCACCAUUCAGGUCAGUCUUGGAGAAUGACUUUGAUCCUGCUACACUCACAGAGAAGGAGAUGUGCCUCCUACUGGCUGCAAUGGUGAACAAUUAUGUGCAGAUGAAGACCAGUGAACUGAAGCAGGAUACAGAGGAAUUCCGCAUCACUGCCCAGAAGAGAUCCUGUAACAGGGCCUCCUGUGUGAUCCAUAAGAUGGCAGGCUCACUAAGCAGAUCUGAGAGUGAGAUUAAGAGGAACGUCAUGUCCACCAACGUGGGCUCCAAAGCCUUUGGCCGGCGCCGCAGGGACCUUCAGCACUAAGCAGUGAAAUGACUCCAGGAAGAAAGGUCACCAAGAAGCUGAACUCCAUUUCUUUUAAUUUGCAUGAAAGCAACUAAUUGAA